AUGGUUGCCCGAACACCUCGUGAAAUACUCCGAUGGCUCGAAAGUCUCUAUCUAACUUAUCCUGUUGUCAUACCGAGAUGGGAUCUGGCCAAUGGCUUUGCUUAUGGAGAGAUUCUUCAUGCUUACUUCUGUAAAGAGAUCAAUAUGCUAUCGUUCAUCAAUGGUCGAGCGGUCAAUGCUCGAUUAUUAAACUGGGCGCUGAUCAAACAGUUUUUAGCGAAGAAAAAGUUACCUAUUUCAAUUCAUCUCAUCGAUGCAACUCUUCAUGGCAAGGAUGGCGCGGCUGAAGAAUUGCUUGAACAAACAUAUCAAUUAUUAACAAAUAAGCAAGCGUUUAUUGACCCGCCUUACGGACGUGAUGCAGAAUAUUCGGAUCAUCCCUAUCAACAAAAUUUACAAUAUUUCGAACAAGCAAAUACGUGUAAGGCAAUCAAGAAUAAUACGAAAAUUACGGAACUUAUCACUGAUCCAUCGUAUGCGUACCAUGCGAAAAAAUGUGAAGCUAUUAUCGAACAAGCCCAAGCCGAUCGGCAAACUAUUCGAGCAGCUCAUCCGCAGCGGUUUCGUGCUAAACGAACGUUGGCCGAACGAUGUUUUCGCGAACCAUUACAAGCUGAUCUGAGUCCUCAAGAUUGGUAUACGAAAUCAUUUGACUCAGGCUCACGUUCAGCAGUUUCACUAAGUAAUAAAAGUACAACAAAACUUCAAUCUCGACAUACAUCGGCUGAUCUAUCAAAGAAUGCUUCGACAAUGCAACGCUAUGAUGAAGGACGUAUCGAAGCAAAUGAAGACAGUUCUCUCUACAAGGAGAUCAUUAUUCGGCAACAUGCAGUGCCUUUAGGUGAUUUGAUACAAACAAUCGAAACAUAA